AUGAAGUUCGCCACCCGAUCAAGCGCUUCCUUGGCUGUCCUUUCGGCAUUGGUAGCGGUUGCGCAAGCAGAUGAUGCGCUUUACAGUAAACGCAUGGUAAAGCGUGAUAUUGAUGCGGAUGGGAACUACAACAUCACAUUCUUCCACAUCAACGACGUUCACGCCCAUCUCGACGAGUUCAGCUCCUCGGGAACCGAUUGCACAAAGCCCGAACGAGGAUGCUAUGGUGGCUAUGCGCGUGUCAAGACCAUAAUAGAGGAGCAACGCCCAAACUACGAGGACAGCUUAUGGCUAAACGCUGGUGAUGAGUUUCAGGGUACCUUGUUCUACAGCUUCUAUGGUGGCGAGAAGAUUGCAGAAACUCUGAAUGAGCUCAAAUUCGAUGCUAUGACUCUUGGAAACCACGAGUUUGACGGGGGCGAUGGCGAGCUCGGAGAGUUCUUGGUCAAUCUGACAUUCCCGAUCAUCAGCGCGAAUGUGCAUUCGCAGGAUCCCAAUGUCAACAAGACAGUCAAGAAGUAUACGAUCUUCGAGGAGCAUGACCUCGCUUUGAUUGGUGUUACUGCAGAAGAGACUGCCAGUCUUAGUAACUCUGACCCUACUACUGUGUUUUCCAACACGGUUGAGGCUGUACAAGGCGCCAUCGAUGAAAUAAAAGCGACAACCAACAUCACCAGGAUUGCAGCUCUUACUCAUAUCGGCUAUGACAAAGAUCAAGAGCUCGCGAAAGCUACUACCGGUCUUCAUCUCAUCAUUGGUGGCCACAGUCACACUCUCCUUGGCGACAUGGAAGAUGCUAAGGGAAAAUACCCCACUAUUGUUGACAACAAAGAUGGAGAUGAAGUCUUUAUCGUCACUUCAUACCGCUGGGGCGAAUACGUCGGCUAUAUCGAUGUCACCUAUGAUCCCCAGGGCAAGAUUGUCGCUUACCAUGGCGCUCCUAUCCACCUCACAAACACCACUAAGCAAGAUGAGGACCUUCAGAAAGAGAUUGAUGCAUGGCGCGUUCCUUUCGAGGAGUUUGCCGCCGAAGUUCUUGGCACCAGCUCGGUUGAGCUCGAUCAGACUACCUGUCAACAGAAAGAAUGUCUUCUUGGCGAUUUCAUGGCCAAUGCCAUGCUCGACUACCGCAAGAACAACACCCAAGAUGUAGACUUCGCUCUCAUCAACGCAGGCGGCAUCCGCGCCACAAUCGACCAAGGCGACAUCACCCGCGGCGAAGUGCUGACGUCAUUUCCCUUUGGAAACGCAAUCGUCCAAGUCGAAAUCGACGGAAAGACUCUAUGGGAGUCUCUGGAGGGCAUCGUAACCGGUGUCAAUGUUGGCAACGGUCGGGAAGUCACUUCCUUCUUCCAAAUCAGCACAGGCAUCAAAGUCGAAUACAACCCCGAGAACGGCAACAACAGCAAGCUUAUCGCUGUUACCAUUGGAGACGAGCCCCUAAAGAAUGAGACCAAGUACCAGAUGGUCACCUUGGACUUUAUUGCGGGCGGCGGCGAUAACUUCUUCGAGCCAUCAACGGAUUUCAUCACGUUGGAUACGCAGGAUGAGGUUUUGACUGCAUAUAUUCUGAGCAAGAGCCCAGUCGAUAUUAAGCUUGACGGAAGGAUUGAAGAGGUGGACCGUCAGAGGGAUGAUGUUGCUCCCGGAUCUGGCAAUGGCACUACGAACAGUACGCGACCUACGACUGGUGCGCCGCCUCAGCAGACUACCAACUCGGCCGCUCGGGUCGGCCAGGACACUGUUGGUGCGAGUGCAUUUGGGCUACUGGUUGCGUUGUUGAUGCUUUAA